AUGGUUGAAGAAGUUCGAAAAUACGACACAGUUAGCGCAUUCCUCGAUGAUUGCAAGACUUAUCUUAUGCGAAAUGAAUGCGAAAAUAAUCUAAUUUUGGGAAUAUGCAAUCGGAAUCUUAACGUACCUAUCGAUCCGGAAAAAUCGAUUUUAGUCGCAGCUGUUAACAAAAGUGGUACUAUCAUUUCAUGUGCAUUUACAACAUCCAGUAAACCGGCGUUGGCGGUAUUCAUUCCACAAUUGGAUGAUGCAAUUAAACCCCUAGUAGAUUACUUUAUUCGCCAUGGAAUACAGUUAGAAGGAUUGAAUGGUAAAACUGACGUGGUUAAUACAUUUUUGCAACAUUAUUCAAAGCCGAUGAUUCAAUCGACGAAAAUUCUUCUAAAUGUCGUCAAAACUCUUCGGAAUAUUGAACUCGUUCAAAAUAGCGAACUCGAAUUGGCGAGCAUGCAAGAUUUAUCUCUUCUCACCACAUGGAUAAAAAAUUUUCAAAUCGAUGCGGGUCUCCUUCCAUUGUGGUCAGACGAAAAAAUACAAGCAACUACAGCAGAUAGAAUUCAAAAGAAGCUUGUUUUCGUUCUUGUUAUAAAUGACGAGCGACAAUUCGUCAGUAUGGCGGCUAUUGUACGUGAAACAGAUAACUUGAGCUUCAUCGGUUGGGUGUAUACACCACCGGAUUUACGAAACAAAGGAUUUGCCUCUGCUGUCGUUUAUAAACUAACCGAUUUGAUUCUUAAUACUCGACAAAGACAUUGUGCUCUUUUCACCGAUGAAGCUAAUCCGACUUCGAACAAGAUUUAUCGAAAUAUUGGUUACGAACCAGUGGCAGAAUAUCUAGACAUUUGUUUUUCAUCAUCUUGA